AUGAAUUUUGUUCGUAAAACAUUCGGUAGAACUAAUUUUUCACAUUUUAAAAACAAUGAAAUAGGAUUUUUGAAAAAUGCCAAAAGGUAUGAGUCGAGAGUGAAAGUUCAUAGAUAUACUGGUAUAACAGCAAUAAAAACCCAUGCUCAAAAAACAGAAUGGUAUUUAAAAGCAGAAAGAGAUUUUUUAGCUGAACGAAAUCAAAUACCAAAUGGUUAUAUUGGAUUAUGGCAAUAUGAUGAUAUAAAACAUUUGAAGGAGAAUAUAAUAAAUAUGCUACAUUUAAAUUGUGCUAACAAUAAGCAAAUACAUAAAUUUAAAAAGUUAAGUAUAAGAAGAUUAUUGCAAAGAAGGCCAUUUGAUACAGGUAGCGCACCAGUUCAAAUUGGAUGUUUAACUGAAAAAAUUUUAAAUUUAAGAGCACAUAUAAUACAACGAUGUAAAGAUCAUCCAAAAAAAAAAACCAUGUCUAUAUUAUUAGCUAGACGACAAAAAUUAAUGAAAUAUUUAUAUAAAACUGAUUUUGAAUUAUAUAAACAUACUUGUAAUUUAUUAAAAAUCAAAUGUAUUUUAUUUGCAAUUCCUGAUUCCAGAGACCGAUCAAAAGCAAUUAAUGCUGCUGCUGUUGAUGGUGAUAGGUGUAAAUUUUUGAUCAGACAAAAAUUAUGGAAAGGAAAAUAUAGGCCUAGGCCAUUAAAAAACUCGAAAGGCCAAACAGUCAGAUAUACAAGGCAUCCAAUAGAACAGCCACCUUCUGAUUAUGCAUUACCAAAAGAAUAUAAACCACAAAUUUCUAAUUCAUGGCCAUAUGGAGUAAAAGAAAAUUAUCAAAAAGGGGCUUAUACUAUUUAUAACCCAACUGCUCCUGGAUUGGGAUAUUGUCCUGUUCCUAUGCUUUUUUAA